AGUACGCACGUACUCUAUGCGCCAGAGUGAAGUAUGAACAGAGAGACCCUGUCGGAGUUUGACAGUACAGACACAGAAAGGACCUAGGCUUAAACUUACCAUGACUUUCCAAAGAAGUCCGUUUUGCGCUUUCGUCCUCUUUGCGUUGUUGUUUUUGUCUUUAACGCUUAUUGUGAAAAAGUGGCACUUUAGUCUCCAGGAGAACGAGCCUUUUGGUGAUGCUGCCCGCCCAGAUGGUUCAGCUCCACAGCGCGACACAUUGCGCCAACGACUUCAGGAAAGACAACAAGAACUUGAGCUCCUGGACAUCACUUUUGAAAACAUACAACAACAAGAAGGAUUUAAUGGGAAAAUAAGUUUGGAUAAUCCUACUGCAGCUGAUAUUGGUUGCGAAGAACUUGGUGGCAUGAAAGCUGUUGACUUUCUUGGUUCAGGUUACACCAAAACAGUGUUAAAAGCAGCACUGCCAAACGGAUUAUUUGUGGCACUGAAGUCUGUAAACCAUCAAGGCACUGACAUGAGAUUAUGCUUGGAUGAUUUCCAAGAUUCCCAGGGAUGCCAUGAGCUGGUAUCUUUCAAACUGAGGAAGGAGAUUGUGUUAUUGCAGAAACUCCAGCACCCUAAUAUUGUAGAGCUGAAAGGUCAAUGUCAGGACAGCACCCUGGUUGGUGGCAUCACAGCGGUUCUGGAGCAGGGGAUGCCACUUCAGAUGAUCCAGCUCCUGCAGAGCCCCUGGGAAGAGCGCUUUCGGGUCUGUCUUGGUUUAGUGCGACUCCUUCAGUAUUUGUCUGUCUCACCGCUGGGUUCAGUAGCUCUGCUGGAUUUCCAGCCUCGACAGUUUGUGAUGGUGUCUGGAGAACUCAAGUUGACAGACUUGGACGAUGCAAGUGUUCAUGAACCCUCCUGUCAAGACGACUCCGACUGCCUGCUAGAGUUUCCCCUCCGCAACUUCACCUUGCGAUGCUCGCAGUCCCGAACUUGCGAGGGCCUGAACGUGAUGAGAAACCUCUACAAUGCCUACAGGUAUUUUUUCACCUACCUGCUGCCUCAUCAGGCUCCCUCAUUGCUGAAACCUCUUAUUCACCACAUAAUGAAUGCCACGGGGGAUUUGAAGCAAAGCAUUAAUGAAACCCUGAUUGCCUUCGAGAAGAUUUUACAUAUAUACAAGUCUGGACAGCACCUGGAGAACUUACCCACAUCAAUAACCAGAGAUUAUGCUGUCCUGAAAGGAAUGAGGAGUGUUGUGAAUGUUGAAUACCGAUGCUGGCCGUCGUACAGACAGCAGAGUUGUGUGUUGUCGGUUCACAGCGUCAGAGAAGCAGCGUUCAUCUGUAACUCACAUCCACACUGCACCAGCUUCUCUAUCAGCAGCCAAACUACAUGGACAGGUCGACUUCUUGCGUCUUUCAGAAGUGGCUUCAGCCAUCUGCUUCCAGAUGUGAACUCUGCGGUGUACAUGAGACGGGUUAAAGCCUCAGGAGCCGUGCUUUGAGAAGGAGGAAAACGCCAAAAAAGCUGGGGGGGUGGGAGGAGGGAAUUGGAGACAAAUGAAUGUGUUAUAUUUAUAGGCAACUUACUCAAUGGCCGUUUGAUCUUUCUGCCAAUGCUACAUGCUGCCAAAGAGCAUUUAAAAGGAUUUCCCUUCAGGUAUAAUUAACCUGAAGGAGAAAGGGAGAAAAAAAAAAAACAGGCUUCUAACUUUUCCUCCCGUCUUACGUUUGGCAUGGCACGGUCCACUGCGAGGACAUUGAGGCUGUUUUUACACUGUCUGAAGCCUGCAGGAGGAGAAAGAAAACAAGCUCUUUCACAGAUUUACUUUGAUGUUAAUGAGGCUGGAAGUUUGUAGCGCUUUUCUGGAUGCCGGUGUGUGUCGAGAGAGCCGCGUCAAUAGGCGGAAAACUGCUGAAACCACAAAAAGAGCCAAGGAAUGUUUAGUUGGAGCCAUUGUACUUCAUUUGUUAGUUGAUUUGUGUCUAGAUAUGUCAGAAACAUGCUGUACUUCAUCCAGUGGGUGUGUCUGUUUAUAGUUCUUUCAGUGAAAGAGAGGUAUUAUUGGUGUGAAUUUGUUCUGUUGUAAUAUGUUUUAAUACAAACUAAGUAAUAAAGUUAGUUUAUUUACA